AGUCCUGUGCUUAAAGUCACCUUGGGCUGUCAUCGGCUGGAUGCUGCGCGUAUCUCCUCUCGCCCGAUGAGAGAGGCUUUCCAAGCUGCACCUGCCUCACCCCUUUGUCCAUUGUCUGGGCCGGGGAGGGCGGCCAACUCCUCUCGUGUAAGUGUGUGUCUGAGUGAGGGGGGACGGGAUGGAUGAUGUUAGAGAGGCAUAUUAAGUCAUAUUAGAUAUUUAAAAAAAAAAGGAAAUUGCAGGAAGACUCAAAAUUGAAUUUGUGUAAUUCAGAGUUGUGUGUGUGUGAAGUGGGUGACUGUUUUUCGGAGGGAGACAGUGAAGGAGGAGGAGGAGGAGGAAGAAGGGGGGAGGUCUGCAGGGACAAAGAGAAGCUGGCCAGGUGUCUUGAGUCCCAGUCAUGACCACAGCUCCAUGCCGGUAGCUACGAGAAGGGAGCAGACGGAGUGAGGAGCCGUCAAGGGACACAGGAUGGUGAGGUGUUGGAAACAUUCAGAAGACUGUUUGGAGGAAGCACAGUGCACGGAUGGCUCUGCUGCGUCCUCCCAGUCCCACUUCCCACACAAGGCCUUCUGGGUCAGCCUCUCGGCCGGCCUGCUCCUGGUCAUCGUUGCCCUCGGCUUGACGGGGCACCUGGGGCUGUCGCAGCCUCGCUCUGAGUCGAUACAGAUCGUCCGAAUCACGGUUCCCGAUCAAACCGGAGUUCUGAUCGACCAGUCGGCCGUCGUGGACCAGCAGAAUGACCUGGUGACCUUCUCUGUGACCUCACCCGCCAAUCAGACGUCCACUGUGCUCUUUGACAUCAAACAUGGUUUGAUAUGCUACAAACCUGUUGACCAGGAGAGCUGCUUCCUGCGAAAGAUGGAGAAGUCCGACUAUGACAACGUGCACUCCCUCCUGCACGAGUCCUCACAGAAGGCCCGGGGAAACAGAGGCUCGUCUACUUCUGCAUCGACAUCUGCUUCCCCAGCAACAUCUGCGUGUCCGUGUGCUUCUACUACCUGCCGGAGUGACCGUGUAUCCUCUUCCUCUCCUCCCAGCGACAGAUCAGGGAAACAAAGUUGUCUUUUUAGUUCCCUCUGCAAGAAACCCCCCCCCCCACCUCCACCCCCACCCCCGAGAACAAAAGCCAGCUUUGACUGUUUCCUUUGUGCCACACAGACACCAGUGAAGCAGUGACGCAGCUCAAUGGAGCGUUUCCAUCCUUCCGAGAGAGAAGAGAUGGAGACAGGCUGUCAUGGUUAUCUCCAAAGCCCCGUCGUCACUCUCUUCAUGUGUAAUACUCUCUGGUGGGACACUUCCUGUAACCCACUGCUGCAGUAUAAUCAUGUGGAAGCGUUCCAGUCUCAAUGUUGUGAUCUGUCCAAUAAAA